GUUGUUGUUGGUGUUGUUGCUCUAUAUGUUUUCUUGUUAAUUCACUACUGGCGUGUAUUUUAGAAAUUUUGAGCAUUGGACAAAAUCAUUUCGUACAUUCAGUUCAUCGCGUACGGAUGGAUGGUGGCGCAUUCGUUCAGUCAAAAUCGAAACGAGUUUGUUUUUUUUGCUGAGCAGCUGAUUGUUUUGACGUUGGCGCAUACCUAUUAAAGUGACAUACCUUCACACUAGGUAUUACAGAUUUUUUACAUAUCUACAAAUGUUAUGAAGCAAUAGCUGCGACAUAUUCGGAUUUUUAAUUGCUACUUUUGGCUUAUUUUGUUAAAGAAAAAUGAAAUAUUUCGGUGGAAUUGAAGGUGGUGCCACACACUCACGUCUCGUAAUCUGCGAUGAAGAGGGUAAAUCUUUAGCUCUAGUCUCUGGCCUCGGCACUAAUCACUGGAUGGUCGGCAUACCGGAAGUGGCACGGCGAAUAGCCGAUAUGGUAGAGCGUGCCAAGCAAGAAGCUUGCAUUGAACCAGAGAUGCCUCUAAAGAGUUUGGGAUUGAGUCUGAGCGGCUGCGAACAGGAAGCCACAAAUCUUGACCUCAAAAAUGAGAUGCUCACCUCUUUUCCAAAUGUUGCUGAAAGCUAUGUCGUCUGUAGUGACACAAUGGGCAGUGUCUUCACGGCCUCCCCUAUAGGUGGCAUGGUCGUGAUUAGCGGUACGGGUUCAAAUGCAUUACUACGUAAUCCAGAUGGUAGUACAUUUACCUGUGGUGGCUGGGGGCAUUUUAUGGGCGAUGAGGGUAGUGCCUUCUACAUUUCUCAUCGCGCAUUGAAAAUUGUCUUCGAUGAUAUGGACAAUUUAAGGAAAUCACCAUAUCCCAUCGAGCGCGUCUGGCAAACGAUCAAACAACACUUCAAUAUCGAAACACGCUUCGACCUCCUAACACAUUGCUAUGCCAAAUUCGAUAAGCCGUUCUUUGCGAGUCUCUGCAAGAAGCUCGCACAUGCCGCCGAUCAAGGUGAUGAGCUCUCCAAAUCCCUUUUCACCGAAUCCGGCGCAUGUACAGCGCGCAGCAUAGCCUCAUUGGUGCCCAAAGUACAAGAUGCACUGGUGAAAACCGGCGAUCUGAAUGUGGUGUGUGUGGGUUCGGUAUGGCAUAGCUGGCAUUUGCUGAAGCAGGGCUUCGAGCGGGAAAUGUCACAACAUGAUAUACCCUUCAACUUGAAAUUGGUUACAAUAACAAAGAGUAUGGCAUAUGGCGCUUGUUAUCUGGCUGCUGAUGCUAUUCACUUUAAACUGCCGCGUAAUUAUCUCGAUAACUUUGACGUCAUGUAUCAUUAUCGUACAAAACAAAAAACAACAGCAACAACAACAAAUGGGCACAGCAAUGGCAGUGCAGAUAGAAUACCACACGUGGAGAGCGUCACAAGCCAAGCUUAGAUGUGGGGUAUAAGAGAGCAACAGAGAGGGUUCGGAACAAAUAUAAGUAGGUCUUCAAACAUAUGUAUGUGUAUGUAUGUACAAUAGUAUGUAAUCAUAUCGAUUAGGUGACUUGAUCAAGUGGCGCUGCAUUCCAUAGUUAAGAGUAUACAUACAAACACGCGCCGCCUUGUACAGAGGCAGCUAUAUAUAUAUAUCUAAAUUUACUGCUUGUAGUUGUAGCUUUAGUCAAUAAAUAAAUAAAUUCCAUUUUUCUAUGAAACUAAA